GGAAAGGAACCCCGAAGGCCAGGUGGACCCGGAGAAAGCGCAGCGCCGCGUCGCCUGGGGGUAAAGGGAGGGUGCCCCGGCAGAGGGCGCCCGGCCGCCCUCUGCCCCGCCGGGGUCACGGCGCCCCCUCCCCCGCGUCCUGGCCGCACGGCCGGGCUAUUUUUACGCGUGGACACCGGACACCAGGCUGGGGCGGCGGCGGCGGCGGCCGAGGCGGGGCCGGGCCAGGUCGGGCGUCGGGGCCACACGUCCGUCCGCAGGUCGCUGGGGCUGCGCGCACCAUGGAACCCGGGUGCCCGCAGCCGUGCGGCUGCUGCGAGCGAGUGGUGCUCAACGUGGCUGGGCUGCGCUUCGAGACCCGGGCACGCACGCUGGGCCGCUUCCCGGACACGCUGCUCGGGGACCCGGUACGCCGCAGACGUUUCUACGACGGCGCGCGCCGCGAGUACUUCUUCGACCGGCACCGGCCCAGCUUCGACGCGGUGCUCUAUUACUACCAGUCGGGCGGGCGCCUGCGGCGGCCGGCGCACGUGCCGCUCGACGUCUUCCUGGAGGAGGUGGCCUUCUAUGGGCUGGGCGCCGCGGCGCUAGCGCGCCUGCGCGAGGAGGAGGGCUGCCCCUUGCCAUCGGAGCGCCCCCUGCCCCGUCGCGCCUUCGCGCGCCAGCUCUGGCUGCUCUUCGAGUUCCCCGAGAGCUCGCAGGCCGCGCGCGUGCUCGCCGUUGUCUCAGUGCUCGUCAUCCUCGUCUCCAUCGUCGUCUUCUGCCUCGAGACGCUGCCCGACUUCCGCGACGACCGCGACAACUCGGGGCUUGCCGCGGUGGCUGCAGCUGGCCCGUUUCCAGCUCGGCUGAACGGCUCCAGCCCAGUGCAUGGACCCCCACCUCGCUUGCCCUUCGAUGACCCGUUCUUUGUGGUGGAGACAUUGUGCAUCUGUUGGUUCUCCUUCGAGCUGCUGGUGCGCCUGGCAGCCUGCCCAAGCAAGACAGCCUUCUUCAAGAACGUGAUGAACCUCAUCGACUUCGUGGCCAUCCUGCCUUACUUUGUGGCACUGGGUACCGAGCUGGCCCGGCAGCGGGGGGUGGGCCAGCCAGCCAUGUCACUGGCCAUCCUGCGAGUCAUCCGACUGGUGCGCGUCUUCCGCAUCUUCAAGCUGUCCCGGCACUCAAAGGGCCUGCAGAUCUUGGGCCAGACCUUAAGAGCCUCCAUGCGAGAGCUGGGCCUCCUCAUCUUCUUCCUUUUCAUUGGUGUGGUCCUCUUCUCCAGCGCAGUCUACUUUGCUGAGGCCGACCGGGCAGACUCCCAUUUCACCAGCAUCCCUGAGUCCUUCUGGUGGGCAGUGGUCACUAUGACCACAGUUGGCUAUGGAGACAUGGCGCCCGUCACUGUGGGCGGCAAGAUAGUGGGCUCUCUGUGCGCCAUUGCCGGCGUGCUGACCAUUUCCCUACCUGUGCCAGUCAUUGUCUCCAACUUCAGCUACUUUUACCACCGGGAGACAGAUGGCGAAGAGGCUGGGAUGUACAGCCACGUGGACACGCAGCCCUGUUGCCCACUGGAGGGCAAGGUCAAUGGGGGGUUUGUGGAUCGAGAGGUUCCUGAGCUCCCACCUCCACUCCUCUGGGCUCCCCCUGGGAAACACAUGGUCACCGAAGUGUGAGGACAGUUGAGGUCUGCAGAACCUCACAUUUCCUUGGA